GGCUGCCGGAGGAAGGAGACGCGAACUUCGGCGCCCGCCGCGGGAAGCCACGGGGACUGCCUGCGGUGCGCGCCCGGGGCGGAGGCGCUUGGCGCGGAGAGGAGGAGGAGGCGGCGGCUGCUGCUGCUGCAGUGCUCCCGAGGUGGAUCCCCGGCCGGGCUGGAGUCUGCUGCAGAAAGGCUAUAAUUCCCACCAGAAUGUUGACACUAUCUGGCAUAGCUGUAAACGUGACUUGUCAUCUCAAUUGCAUCCAUGGCUGUUGGGUGACCUGGUAAAUCAUGGAGCUGAAAGUAUGGGUGGAUGGAGUCCAGAGGAUCGUUUGUGGUGUCACAGAAAUUACAACUUGCCAGGAAGUUGUUAUAGCUCUUGCUCAGGCAAUAGGCCGUACAGGAAGGUAUACCUUGAUAGAAAAAUGGAGAGACACAGAGAGACAUCUGGCACCUCAUGAGAAUCCUAUCAUUUCCUUGAACAAAUGGGGGCAAUAUGCAAGUGAUGUGCAGUUAGUAUUGCGGCGUACUGGGCCAUCUCUCAGCGAGAGGCCAACUUCAGACAGUGUUGCUCGGAUACCAGAAAGAACUUUAUACCGCCAGAGCUUACCUCCAUUGGCUAAGUUAAGGCCUCAGAAUGAUAAGUUGAUAAAAAGGAGGGAGCCAAAAAGGAAAUCGUUGACUUUCACAGGAGGGGCAAAAGGAUUAAUGGACAUUUUUGGCAAAGGCAAAGAGUCUGAGUUCAAACAGAAAGUUCUCAACUGCAAGGCAACGGUUGAUGAGCUGAAGAAGCUGAUUCAUUUCCAGACAGAGAAGCUGCAGUCCAUUGAGAAACAGCUGGAUUCAAAUGAUGCUGAAGUCAAGUACUGGGAGCACAAGUUUAAUUACAGCCUGGAAGAUGAAAUUGUCAAACUGGAGCAGAAGAUUAAAAGGAAUGAGGUAGAGAUUGAAGAGGAGGAAUUCUGGGAAAAUGAACUCCAGAUCGAGCAAGAAAAUGAGAAGCAACUGAAGGAGCAGCUCCAGGAGAUCAGGCACAGGAUUUUGGACUGUGAAAGCAAGCUGAAGGAAUAUGUGGCCCAGAUCCAUAGCAUGGAAAGUGGCCUUGAGGCAGAAACGUUGCACCGGGAAGUGCAGGAGUUAAAAGUAAACGAAGAAGAAGUCAAAGAGAAGAUUGAAAAAGUGAAGGGUGAAAUCGAUAUUCAGGGACAGCAAAGUCUCAGGCUGGAAAACGGCAUUAAAGCUGUUGAAAGGUCUCUGGGCCAAGCCACCAAGCGGUUACAGGAAAGAGAACAAGAACUAGAGCAGCUGACAAAGGAGCUACGGCAAGUCAACCUCCAGCAGUUUAUCCAGCAAACAGGGACAAAGGUCACUGUGCUACCAGCAGAACCUACUGAAUUGGAGACUUCCCAAACAGAGCUUGAGAGGGAAACAACUUUUCAGACUGGAUCCCUGAAGCGCCCUGGUUCAUCUAGACAGCUUCCUAGCAAUCUUCGGAUCCUGCAGAAUCCACUGUCCUCUGGUUUUAACCCAGAGGGCAUUUAUGUAUAACAGUAGAUAUCCCUGCUGGAAAGGACCUAGACAGGUACUGUGGGCCAUAUGCACUUCCCUCUUGCAUCUCUCCUCCCAGAGAUGUGUGGGGAGAGAAAAACUUCCUUUCAGAAGCUGCCAAGCAUUGUUGUGAGUGCUGUUUUUUUUACAAAACCAGAUCUACAAUAAACUUGGAAUCCUGCCCCAAGCGCUGAUGACAAUGAAGAACAAAAGGGACUGUGGAGGAGCACUUCAGCAAUGGUGCAAAAUAGUUAUAGUGCAAAUACCUAUCUUUUUUAAUUGCUAUUUUGGAAGCAUUUAGAGAAGUAUUAUUUCUUAACAGCAUAAAUGGCUGGUUGUAGUGCAAGAAACUGGGGUUUAAUUUAUUCCAUUUGAUCAGUGGAUGUGUGAAUGUUGCCAUGACAUAGGAACACUUCUUGCCUAAGAGCAGGACUACAUAUUAAGCCCAACCCAGGACUGCUGCCUUAAACAGCACUCCAUAUUCAUUACUCCCCAUCUCCACUCAUGCUUGUAGAAUCACAUCCAUUCCCACAUUCAGUUUAAUGUCACAACCUGGAAUAAGGAAUCUUGCACGCUACAGGGGAGAAUGCAACACAGGGGGCCCUUUUCAGAGGAAGCCCUGUGCCAGGCUUAAUUUGUAAUUCCAUUCUCAAAGGGUGUUUGCAGCCUGAAAGGGUGUUUAUGUGUAGAAGAGGGAGAGAAUUUGCACGUGCAUGAGUUUAGAAUGAAAACAGACUACAGUGAUUCACAAUGACAGAAUGUUGUUAGGGGAGAAAGAUGCAGAAUCUUUAAAAUAGCCUCUGAUAUUUUUUCUCUGUUGCAAAUAAUGUUAUGUUGGAAUCAUUGCAGGAUUUUUACAGUGACUUAUUCCAUGGGACUUAAUCCUCACUUCAUAAGGAGGGGUUCAGUAUGUGAAGAUCUUCUAGGUAGAUUUUUUUAUUAAAUUUAUUUUUGAAAUAUUUUGCCACAAUAAAUACACUUAAGUACAAAACACUAUGAGACAUCUUUAGUCAUGCCAAAGGAGUCUAUCACUGUUUUGGUUUUUUUGUCUAGCAUUUUUUCCACUAUAGUAUUUCCCCCCUACUUACAGCAUUCUUGUAUAGUCAUAGGCCUUGCUCGUCCAAAAAGACACAAUAACUCAGUAUAAUGCUGUCAUGUGCUACUUUUGACUCACUGAGCCAGGCAGAUGUUUGAAAACCCUCCUGUUUCUGCAGUACCAGAUAGGCAGCAAAACCAAGAGAUUUAUCAAGCCACAUGAUGGUGUUUGCCACACACAGCUGGUGUUCAGCUUCCAGCAAGGUGGGUGGGAAGAGAGAGAUCAGCUAUUGUGCAGGUCCAGUCUAAUGGCUUGCUUAAAUAACCAAACAGUAUUCCUUUUUUAAGUUCUGUAAAAGUGCAAAAAAAACCCCAAACUUUUCUGCUCCUUUGUUACAAUGCAAAAAAGACUCCAAUGAAAUUGUCCUCUUUUAAAAUGGGAACUCAUUCAUUUAUGAAACCAAGAACAAUAGAGGUAGGUGUAGAGAAGAAAAGUGCAUGUGCAAGCGAAAUAGAUGAAUAAGUGCAUAAAAAUCCUUGUGCGUGGCAAGUUUUGUUUUGAUAACUGGAUCUAUGAUUAUUUGACUCAUGUAUUGAAACAGAACUGUAAGAUCAUAAUUAUUUCUGGGUAUUUCAAGAGAUUACAAGGUACAUACUAGAAUCCAGACCUCACCUAUUUUUCAGUUUGCGUGAACAACAACUAGUAUCAUCAGAUUCAUAAAGGGCUCUUUGACUUUCUUGGCAACAUUCUAGGAUUGCUCCUGCAGACAGUUUGGCACUCAUUUACCCAUAAGUUCAGGAAUCAUUUUUAAGACAAAUGCUAGCCUUAAAGUUUCCAGAAAUUGGAAUCUCAUUGAAUUGGGACUUUAGCAUACAAUUAAAUGCUUAAAUCUCAUUCAUUUCAUUGGGAUUUAAGGGGACUGUUUUAUAUGGAUCAUGCCCCUAGGUCACACACAGUCUAUUCAGACCCUUCAUUGCAGGACAGGCUUCUUUCUUACUUCAAAGAAUGUCCAGAAGUCAGUGCAUCGUAUGCAGACACCUAUUUAUUCACAAAGCAAAACAUUUAAGGGAUAUAUCUCUAAAGUCCUUUAAAAAUAAAAUAGUUUAUAGAAACCAAUAGCUUGAUUAAUUUAAUAAGCAAACCAAAAUUUAAAUCAAGCUUCCAUUUCCAUUUAAGAAUGCUCCUCAUUCAUUGCUAUAUUCUAAAAAUAAAUAAAGAUGCAUUUCAAACUGAAACAAAUAUAUGAAAAUACACAGAAAUGUGUUUGAUUUUCAUGGUUAUCACUAGAAAUGUUACUCUUCAAAUAAACCUGUGAAAAUAUAAAAUAUAUUUCUUAAAAUAAAAAAGUCCGUAGAAGAGACUAUUUUUCCUUUCCCCCCUGUCAACAAAUGAGACAAUAGACUGCAUUAAUCUACUGUUUCACUAGUCAGAACAACUAAGCCCUGGGUGGUUUGGAGUCCUCAAAUUGGCAUUAACAUGGAAGGAGAAAAAUAGUCAAGCAUGAGACACAAAAUCAACAGAGUGGUGUGGUAGCCAAUUUUUCUUGAGCAUAUAUGCAUUUCUUGUCAAGUCUAUACAAGAGCAAACUUAAUUUUUUGAGUUUAAGUCAGCAUUUGUGGCAGCAUUGGGGGUGGAGGACUCCUUGGAAAAGGGAAUGAGUGCCAGGUCCAUAACCUGUGUGUGGGAAGCCCCACCUGGAAAGUGACCCCUGGCAAAGUUCCUUGGGGGCAACUGGUGUCCUCCCUUUGCCACUGCGUUGACAACUGAGGGACCUGGAGAAGUCUGUCCAGGAGCCUGUGUUUGGCCCAGGGGUGCAAAUAGACUUGGUCCAGGCUCACCCCCCAACUUAAAAAACAAAGAAGCAGCACCCUUGCCUUGAAAUUAACCACAAAUAUUUCCAAGGGUGUUAGGGACAUAAUUUAGCAGCUGAUCCUAUUGAUCUCAGGGUCAUUGUAAAGGGCCUCUGGGAAGAUUCGCAUUACCUCAGUCAGUAUUAUGUUUGUUAAAGCGUGCCCUCAAAUAGACAUUUUGCUUUGUGAAUAAACACAGGUUUUCAGAGAAGAAAUAUUUAUAUUUCUAAAGAGAUGGUGACACUUGGUAUGAGGCACUCGUGUCUGAGAAUAUUUGCAAAUAUAAAGCUUGAGAUUAUGGGUGAAACUGUUAGCUGUAUUUUGAGUUAGACCCAUUGAAAUAAAAGCAAAUGACUAAAGUCCAUUGAUUUCAGGGGGCCGGCUCAAAGUGUGACCAUUGCCCUACAUAUGUAUGAGACCUGAAGACAAAUGUUCAUCGUUCAUGGGUCUGCUCAUUCACAUGAAUCUUAAGAACAGCAGCUUUCAAAAGAACCUUUAUGUCUCUAGUAUGUAAUAUGAGGAGGUUUAGGUUGGUAACAUGGUUUGUACCUUGUAGCUGCAAUAUUGUACGUUUAUGGGGUGGUAGAAUGAAUAAUACUUUCUCAUCACCACCCCUGCCCCAACUCUCAAAUUUACAUGAAUUCCAAAUGUGCUUUGCCAUAUGUUAAUUGGGCCUUAAUUAUCCAUGUAAAUAGAAAAAACUGUAUUCAGAUUUAUUUUAGUUCUGUUCUGUAUUUUUUAUGUCAAAAAGUGUUACUUUUUUAUAUCCUAGCCUUUUUUUAAGACCAUUGGUUUAUUCUAUUCAUUACAAUAUUUUAAUUUGUUUGAAGGCUGUCAGUUAUAUGGAGAUGACAAAACAAACCAUUCUGUCAAUUUAUUUAUUCAGUAUUUUUGCUGCUUUACUUUUGGAAAUAAAGUUUUCAUUGCCAAUACAGUAGCAAAUUUAAAAA